AUGGACCGCUUUGUCUACCCGCCCUACAGCGUGUACCAGAGUUAUGGGAGGACCUUCACCUCUAGCCACAACGUGGCCCCCCGGCCGCCCCCCAGGCAGAAGCAGUCCAGCUGGAAGCAGAGCAAGAACAGCAGCACCCCGAACCCCUACCGAGGGCCGCCGCCGCCGCCCGCCCUUUCCUCGGACCCGCCGCGGGAGACCUCGCCGGACUACCUGGACACCUACAAGCGGGCCCAGCUGAAGGCGCUGCUCUCGCAGGUCAGCCCGGGCCUCGCCCCGCGGCUCCGCAAAGCCACCGCCACCAAAGAGGUGGGCAUCCAAGUGAACCCGCGGGUCGACGCCGCCGUGCACCUCACGCGGGAGCCGCUGCCGCCGCCGCUGCCGGGCAUCUAUUCGCCUGUCCUGGGCCGCCGCCUCUUCACUUUGCCCGAAGCGGUGGUGGAGCCCCAAGAGCAGGACGGAGCUCCCGCUUCGCACCCGCUCGCCGCCGACGGAGCGCCCGAGGAGAAGGCGGCGUGGGAGACGGGGAAGAGGGCCGAGGGAGGAGAGCCGCCGGAAGAGGGCCGAGACGAGGAAUCCGCCGCCGCCGCGCGGCAGGACGGGAAGGGGGAAGCGGCCAAGAAAGGCGGCAACGGCGGAGGAGAAGGCAAAGUCGUCUCGUUCCAGUUCCUGGAACAGAAAUAUGGCUACUUCCACUGCAACAACUGUAAGACCAGAUGGGAGAGCGCUUAUGUAUGGUGCAUUUCUGGAACUAAUAAGGUUUACUUCAAACAGCUCUGUCGCAAGUGUCAGAAGAGCUUCAAUCCUUAUAAAGUAGAAGCAAUUAUGUGCCAGCUGUGUUCAAAGACUCGUUGCUCCUGCCCCCAGAAGAAAAGGCACAUUGACCUCAAGAGGCCUCACCGUCAAGAGCUGUGUGGUCGCUGCAAAGGCAAGAGACUGUCGUGUGACAAUACCUACAGCUUUAAAUACAUUGUCUAAGCUGUUUGCCUUCCAAGUAUGGCUGGUUUGUGUUGGCACUAUGCACUUUGAUACUUGGUUUUGACUUUAGGCUUUUGACCUGGCAUUGGAUAACGGAUUAAAGAUUUUUGUAAGG